AUGAGAUUCGAAAGCUACGCUGUGGCCGCCGUGGCCGUUUUGGGACAAUGUUUCUUUGUCCCGUCUCAAGCAUGGACAACCAGUGGUCCCAAUGUCAAUGUUCGAACGGUGUCGUCGUCGUCUGCCAUUUUGAACAAAGCACCCUGGUCCUUGGGUGCUUCCGUGGUGGCCGAAGGUCAGGUGGAUUCAUCAUUGGAAGAAUCAUCUUUGGGCGAUCCAGAACAAACCCCUCUGCGAGACGGGCAGAAGGGAAAAACACUCUUGGCAAACGGCUCUGUGGUAUCCUUUUUUCGUGGAGGAUUGGCAGCUGUCCGAAUAGAAGAAGAAAAUGUACAAGCCACAGAGAUGUCGGCAGUUGGAAAGAUACCGGAUGCACUCAAGAAAUCCAUGACUGCCGAUGCCGGGGGCGAUCUGACGGGCCACUUGGCACAGUUCCCCGAUGGCAAGUCAGGAGUUGUGGUGGCCCACAGACCUCCAAUUGCUUUUGUAUAUAGUGAUAUGGAUACUUUGGAAGCACCAGAUGGAAAAGUUUCAGUCUUCCAAGAGUUGGCAACGCGGCCGAUUUGGAAUGAAACAUUGGUGACUGGUUGGAAUGGAAACCCCAUCAGGAACGACGACAAUGACAAACAAACACCUGACGGCAGUAGCAUCAGAAGAAACGGGGCCAUUUUUGCACCCAUUCCUCAGGUCAAAGACAUUGAUCUAAUCAACAAUCCAAUGCUGACAGGAAAUACCAUGGUGGAUGUACUGGCACCGAUUGGUCAAGGUCAAAAUAUGCUCUUGGUGGCGGACGACUUGUCCUUUGCAAGGGGCAUGAUGGUCGAUUUCAUUGGCACACAAAAAGCAAACCAAAUAGGAUCUAUCAAUAAAGGAGUCCAAUUCGUCUAUGCUGCCAUUGACGACAGCCAAGAUGUUCUGCAGAGGUUGCAAUCUGCGAACUUGCUCAAUGAUGUCCAUGUCGUGGCCACAAACCCAAAACAAGGCAGUGAUGUAGAAGAGCCUGCUCGAGCCGCUGAAGCAACGGCAAUUGCGGCAUCUGCUUGUUCUAUUGCAGAGUCGUACGCCUUGGAAGAAGGUCAAAAUGCUGUGGUCAUUAUUGAUACUCUAGACCAACACAAGAAAAUGUGGGAUGCCACUACUCGAACGCUUGUCGACAUUUUUGGGAUCGAGUCGGUGGUAAAGAGUGACCGAGAGGGAGGAGCUUCUUCCGAGAUGAGAGGAUUCUUCUCAUCCAUUAUCCAACGUGCGGGACAGUACAAAAAGAAGAGGGGAGGCGGAAGUGUCACGCUUGUUUUGCUGUGUGAGCUUCCAAAGGUGCAGGCGGAUGAAGAUGCCGUAUUUGCGAAAGAAGACUUUGAGGGAAGCAGCGAAAAAGUACGGGCUAGACUUAGUAUGCUUGUUGACAAGAGUAUCCCUCUUACAGCCGCCAACCUGCGAAAAAUCGACAUCCCUGUCCCUUCAGCCCAGGAAGGAAAGCGUCGAUUGGUGCUGCAACAUAUUGACGACUUGAUCAGCAUGACAGAUGGUCAAAUUUGGCUUGACGAAGCUCUACGGAAAGCUGGACAAUAUCCACCCAUCGAUCCUCAGAGAAGCAUCACUCGAGUGGGCAUUGGGGCUGACACUAAGUCACGAGCAGAUGCGCCCGCAUUCCGUCGAAUUGCCGAGGGUCUACGGCUGACUCUGUCUCAGGCUGCGAAUAUGGAGGGGGCUGAAGAUACCAAUGCCUCCAAGAAGCAAGUACGUAGCCAGAACGCUCUCCUGCUUGCCAUGCAUCAGGUUGAGGGGCGUGGUGGGCGUACUCUUGCCCAAUCUUGCGUGGCCUUACUUGCCGCUUCCAAGGGGUUACUCGAUGAUGCCGUGGGCAGUGGAAACUUGGCAGGGACAGACGCAGGUCAGCAGUUGAUGGAUAACAUGAUCAACCAUGUUCAGCAAACUGCGCCUACUGCCAUGGCCCGGGUAUGCCAGGAUCUGGAUCUCGAGGAGUCCAUUCAAAAAGAGUUGUUGGAAGCCCUUGAAUCUUUCUUCGAGGAAGAGUCAUGA